AAGAAUGUUUAUGAGUGUAUGAGUAGGAGAGCGUUUGUAUACUUUUUCCACCAACGACUAGUUAGUGCAUGCUCGUCUGGUUCACCAAACACAAAGAGUGGAGGCGAGGCGACAAAGUAAAGAAAUCACAAGAGAAUAUAUUGUUCACGGAAACUUGGCCACAAAUUGACGUCCCGAUCACGGGCCGGCGUUUCACGGUUCACAUGUCGACCUUUCAUGUCAGAUUAGGCUGGGCACCAACCGGCAACGUGUUUUGGGCUUCCGAAUCGACAUGUCACUGUUUGGCAAAAUUGUGCACCAUCAUUCUGUUCAUCCAAGCCAUGAAUUUCCUAGCUGCUGCACAAAAUAGUACAAGCGGCCUACAGUUGCAUAUCCGUGAUAAAGAGGUGGUGGUGGAAAAUGGGAUUCUCCAGAUGACGCUAUCAAAACCCGGAGGGGUGGUCACCGGACUACAAUAUAACGGCGUCGACAAUUUGCUUGAAGUUCUUAACGAAGCUCCCAAUAGAGGGUACUGGGACCUGGUUUGGACCGCACCAGGGAUUACAAGAAAGAAAGGAGCAUUUGAUAGGAUUGAAGGAACUAAUUUUUCAGUUAUAGUGGAAACUGAGGACCAGAUAGAGCUUUCAUUCACCAGAAUGUGGGAUCCCUCUCUGGAGGGCAAGCUUGUUCCUUUAAACAUAGACAUAAGGUUUGUUAUGCUUCGCAACUCGUCAGGCUUCUACACUUACGCUAUUUAUGAACACUUGAAGGAAUGGCCUGCUUUCAACUUGACCAACACGAGGACAGUGUUUAAGCUCAGAAAAGAGAAGUUUCAUUACAUGGCAAUAUCAGACAAAAGGCAAAGAUACAUGCCACUUCCAGAUGAUCGGUUGCAAGGAAGAGGCCAAGCCUUGGCUUACCCAGAGGCAGUCUUGCUUGUCAAUCCCGUGGAGCCACAGUUCAAAGGAGAAGUGGAUGAUAAGUAUCUAUACUCAAUUGAGAACAAAGAAAAUAGGGUUCAUGGAUGGAUAUCCACUGAACCACCCGUGGGAUUCUGGCAGAUUACUCCUAGUCAAGAGUUCAAAUCUGGUGGGCCCUUCAAACAAUGCCUUACUUCCCAUGUUGGGCCAACCACCCUAGCUAUAUUUCAUAGCACCCAUUACUCCGGAGCGGAGUUGAUAAUAGAAUUUAAGCCCAGUGAGCCAUGGAAGAAAGUUCUUGGCCCCAUUUUUAUCUAUCUUAAUUCUUUGGUGACUGAAGAUGACCCACUUCAGCAGCUAUGGGAGGACGCUAAGCAGCAGAUGAAAACUGAGGUUCAAAGCUGGCCAUACGACUUCCCAAGUUCAGAAGACUUUCUAUCAUCGGAUCAACGGGGUACUGUUACCGGCAGAUUACUAGUACGUGACGGGUAUAUCAAUACUGAAGACAUAUUCGGAGAUGGUACACAGGUAGGGUUGGCAGCUCCAGGAGAUGCUGGAUCAUGGCAACUAGAAUGCAAGGGUUACCAAUUUUGGACCAAAGCAAACGAUAAAGGCUUCUUCUCUAUAAGUGGAAUACGUCCAGGGAUCUAUAAUGUUUAUGCAUGGGUUCCUGGUUUUAUUGGUGACUAUCGACAUGAUGCUGAAGUAAUUAUAACUCCAGGUUGUAAUGUUGAUGUGGGUACACUUGUAUAUGAACCUCCAAGAAGUGGCCCAACUUUCUGGGAAAUAGGCAUCCCAGACCGAACUGCAGCAGAGUUUUAUAUUCCUGAUCCUAAUCCAAACCACAUUAACAAACUAUACGUCAAUCACACUGACAGGUUUAGGCAAUAUGGAUUAUGGGAAAGAUAUGCAGAACUGUAUCCAUACAAUGAUUUGGUUUACACAGUGGGUGUUAAUGAUUAUCGAAAAGAUUUUUACUUCGCUCAAGUUACUAGGAAGACAGGUAAUAACACAUACCAAGGAUCAACAUGGCAGAUUAGGUUCACACUUGACACUGUGGGCAAGAACAAUACCUACACAUUACGAAUAGCACUGGCAACAGCACAUGUUUCUGAAUUACAAGUUCGGAUCAACGACCUGGAAGCGAGCAAUCCACUAUUUUCCACAGGACAAAUUGGAAACGACAAUACGAUAGCAAGGCAUGGAAUUCAUGGGCUGUAUAGGUUGUACACUGUCGACAUUCCAGGUGCUCAGCUGCUGGAAGGGAACAAUACCAUUUUUCUAACUCGAGCAUUGAGUAUAAGUCCUUUCCAAGGAAUUAUGUACGACUAUAUUCGUUUAGAAGGUCCCGCUUCUUCCAACAACGAAAGUCUGGGAUCCAGUUCUUGGGGAUAUAAAUAAAAAAAUAUAAAUCAUUCAUUUUCUUGGAA